CAUUGUUCCUUUAAUCGUAAUGUCAAAAAAGAAACGAAAAGAAAAGAAAACUAUUUACAGCUUCUCUUAAAUGAUUCCAGAAGCUAUAGGCUCCUUAUUGCACCAUUGCGCCAAGAUCAAGGCUUUUCUUCACGGUCUUUCUCUUCAUGCCGCUGCUUUAAAGACCGGCAUGCUAUCUGACAUAAUUGUAUCCAACCAUGUUAUAAAUUUAUAUUCUAAAUGUGGCAACGUAAUAUUUGCCCGUCGUAUGUUUGAUGAAAUGUCUGACAGAAACCUGGUCUCAUGGUCAGCAAUAAUUUCUGGUUAUGACCAAACUGGACAACCUUUAUUAGCUCUCAACUUAUUUUCUCAGAUGAGAAUUGUGCCUAAUGAAUAUGUAUUUGCCAGUGUUAUAAGUGCCUGUGCUAGUCUUACGGCAUUGUCUCAAGGCCUACAAGUUCAUGCUCAAUCUUUGAAAUUGGGUUGUGUAUCUGUUCCUUUUGUUUCUAAUGCACUUAUUUCAAUGUAUAUGAAAUGUGGUCUGUGUACUGAUGCUUUAUUGGUUCAUAAUGUGAUGUCUGAACCAAAUGCUGUUUCUUAUAAUGCUUUAAUUGCUGGCUUUGUGGAAAAUCAACAACCUGAGAAAGGAAUUGAAGCUUUUAAAGUUAUGCGCCAAAAGGGUUUUGCACCUGAUAGAUUUACUUUUUCUGGGUUAUUGGGAAUUUGCACUAGUUAUGAUGAUUUCUGGAGAGGAAUGCAAUUGCAUUGCCAAAUGAUCAAGCUAAAUCUUGAGGAUUCAGCAUUUAUAGGGAAUGUGAUAAUAACUAUGUAUUCAAAGUUUAAUUUGAUAGAAGAAGCAGAGAAGGUCUUUGGCCUAAUUAAAGAAAAAGAUCUGAUAUCAUGGAAUACGUUAGUAACUGCUUGUUGUUUUUGCAAAGAUCAUGAAAGGGCUUUGAGAGUUUUCAGAGAUAUGUUAGAUGUAUGUUUUGUAAAGCCUGAUGACUUUACUUUUGCUGGUGUUCUUGCUGCAUGUGCUGGAUUGGCAUCAAUACGACAUGGGAAACAAAUUCAUGGUCAUCUUAUUAGGACAAGACAGUACCAAGAUGUUGGAGUUAGUAAUGCCCUUGUUAACAUGUACGCCAAAUGUGGUUCCAUUAAAAAUUCAUAUGAUGUAUUCAGGAGGAUGUCUGAUCGCAAUCUUGUCUCAUGGAACACCAUUAUUGCUGCAUUUGGGAAUCAUGGGCUUGGAGCAAGAGCACUCAAACACUUUGAGAAGAUGAAGACAGUGGGGAUACACCCGGAUUCUGUUACAUUUGUGGGACUUCUAACAGCUUGCAAUCAUGCAGGGCUUGUUGAGGAGGGCCAAGUUUACUUUAAUUCUAUGGAAGAGGCCUAUGGGAUUUUCCCAAAUAUAGAGCAUUUUUCUUGUCUUAUUGAUUUGUUGGGACGGGCUGGGAGAUUACAAGAAGCAGAAGAGUACAUGGAAAAGCUUCCUUUUGGGCAUGAUCCUAUCAUUUUAGGGAGUUUGCUUUCUGCAUGUCGGCUUCAUGGAGACAUGGUCAUCGGGGAGCACUUGGCUACACAGCUUCUGAAACUUCAGCCUGUUACUACUUCACCUUAUGUUCUGCUGUCAAACUUAUAUGCAUCGGAUGAGAUGUGGGGUGGUGUUGCAGAGGCAUGGAAGAUGUUGAAAUAUAGUGGAUUGAAGAAGGAGCCUGGCCAUAGUCUGAUUGAUGUGAUGGGAAUGUUUGAGAAGUUCACAAUGGGUGAUCUUUCACAUUCAAGGAUUGAAGAGAUAAAAGACACAAUCAAAAUGUUAAAUUGGACAGUGAGUGAAGUUUCUAUAAAUCAUUUAACAUAGCCCUUGAAUAGAAUCUAUGUAGAACUGUUCUGGACUGUGUUGUUGAGUUGGGCUCCCAAUGAACGAACAAGGUACCUCUCCAAGUCGCAGAUUAAAAGAAUUGGAGCUGACUCAUAUUCUUUAUCCAGCCAUGUUCCUUUGCAGCGCCGAAAGAACUGGGAAAGAGGAAUCAGGUUGUUGAUGUGCUACUGAUGACUGCUCUUUAAUUCCAAAACCUGCAGUGUCAAACAAAUGAUGCGUGCCAACUUUAUGUGAAUUGGUGUUGACUGCACACUUCAUGGAAGGACUCCAUCUUUCUGCAGAGGAAUGCAAAAUAGUGGUGAAGCAGAGCAAAUCAUGGGGGUCCUUGUGGAGGUUGACUGCAAAUCAACACAAGAAGUCACUACCAUCAGAAUUUUCUGGAGGUCACCCAGCAAAAUCGCGGUGACUUGACCUGAUUCACGUCUUUUUAUGCAGCAUGUCUAUAAAUAUUAUUGUACGUGGUGGAAUGUUGUCCAUGGCAACUGCUCAUCUUCUCCUUUUAUCUCCUUAAUUUAUGUACUAAAUUUUUUGCUGCUACAAAAUAUUGGCAUCUAAGAAAUUUACCUUUUCUCUUUCCCUUUC